AUGGAGAACAUUGUUGCAGUUGGCACAGUAUUUGAUGAUGACGUUCAAAGUCCAACAAUUCAUWGUGYCAUUGGUAGCUUCGUGGCAUGGCCUCGUCAACUAGUAAUUUUAAAUGAGGAGAAAAAGGAUAUAAUUGAAUUCAAUAUCGAUGAUUACAUAUUUGGAAGGGAGAAGAUCAUUAGUUUAACACAUGAUGACAUCAUGCAAUACUACGAGAUGMUUGAAAUAGGAUAUAUGUGUGUGCUCACGUACAUCGCGUAUCUUUGGAAUGAAUGUGAGGAGAAGACACAUAAUAAGUUCUURGUGGUUGAUCCGGACAACAUUGUACCACAAAUGAUGUCUCAAGAAACUUGUUCUAGAUCUAGCCAACAVAUCAUUGAAAAUGUGGCAAGCUCAACACUCUAUUUAACAUUGUCGCARUACUACAAUUUGGAAACAUGUGAAGAUCGGGUGGACGAUCCUGAGGCCAGGAUGGGCGGGACGUCCGAUGUGACGGCACGGUUCAGAGUUGAGCCGUCAAGUUCUGGGGUGAGGGACCAGGUGUCCCGCAUCUCGGCCGCAAGUUUGGACCGCUACCUAAAGAGGGCGUCCAAAUUUGUGAGCGACCCAGGGUCCGUUCUGCAGAGGACCAUCGACUACGCCGCUGAGGCGUUUGUUGCUUCCAUUCAAUCGGCUCUGGCUGUAAAGGCCGAGCUGGAUGGGAGGGAAGUUCUGGCAGCGAGGGAGAAAGAGGAGUUCUCUGCUACCUUGGAGGCUGCUUCCUCCACCAUGAAGGAUGAGCUGCUGAAGGCUCACUCUGAGGUGGAAAUUUUGAAGGCCGAGGAGAAGGACGACAUGCUCCAGGCACUUGAAGCGAAGGAUAAGGAGCUGAAGCAUGCGACUGUUGAGCUGGAGACGGCGAAGGAGCGUCUCAGCAAUGGAGUCCUAUUGGAGGAAUCGUUUAGGAGUGAUUGGUGUAGAAUGAAGCGGAAACAUAAAAGUGAUGAUAGAGAGGAGAGCAGGGGAGCACUGAAAUUGGGUUCCAAACGCAAAAUGAAAACUAAAAGAUCAGAAAAGGAACAAAAUGAAGAAGUUGAAGCAGAAGAGAGCAGUUGGAGACAUUGCGUUUUGUGUGGGGGAAAAGCAAAAUUAGCUGCUAAUUCCCAUCAUAAUCAUAAUCAUGAUCAUGAUGAUAAUGAUAAUGAUGGAUUUGGCGAUGAAGACGGAUGGCUUGGUCGUCUUUUAGGCCCUUUCACUGAUUCUAAUUCCAUUCCAAGGCUAUGGGUCCAUUAUCAAUGCAUAAUUUGGAGUCCAGAGGUUUACGUCGAUGAAACAGGACGCCUACGAGAUGUGAAGGCUGCUCUAAACAGAGGUAAAUCCCUCAAAUGUAGCCAUUGUAAGAGGCGUGGUGCAACGCUUGGAUGUCGAAUUAAAGAAUGUCAAAAAACAUACCAUUUGGCUUGUGCACGUUCUAAUGGUUGCAAAUUUUAUCACAAACAAUUUCUCAUCGCCUGCCCGGAUCAUCUUCAUAUCUUCCACCACCCUCGUGAUGAUUCGAAUUCUGAUAAGAUCAAGUUGAGAGCCAGAAAAGAAAAGUUAGAAACAUCAAACCAUGCUCGUCAUGAGGAUACUCAGACAGAUGAUGGAGGGGGAAAUGAAGAGUUUUCAAAGCAGAACAGCAAAAAAUCUAAUCAAGAAUUCCGAAAAAUUACACCAACAUACAUUGGUGGGGAAGGUGAGAAAGAGGAGUCACAUAUGUCAGCAGGUUGGGAAUCUGUUGCUGGCCUUCAACAUGUGAUUGAAUGCAUGAAGGAAGUUGUAGUGUUACCUUUGUUGUACCCUGAGUUCUUUGAAGGCCUUGGUAUUGUGCCACCUAGAGGUGUUCUCCUCCAUGGAUAUCCUGGAACGGGUAAAACACAUGUCGUGCGAGCCUUGGUUGGUUCUUGUGCUCGUGGCAACAAGARAAUUGCAUACUUUUCACGUAAAGGAGCUGAUUGUUUAGGAAAGUAUGUUGGCGACUCAGAGCAACUACUAAGACGUCUAUUUCAAGUUGCACAGGAUUGUCAGCCUUCCAUCAUAUUCUUCGAUGAGAUAGAUGGACUGGCACCUUGUCGAACAAGGAAACAAGACCAAACCCAUACUUCUGUUGUUUCAACAUUACUUGCUUUAUUAGACGGUCUGAAAUCUCGUGGUUCUGYGGUGGUGAUAGGCGCAACAAAUCGUCCAGAUGCUAUUGAUCCUGCUUUAAGGAGGCCAGGAAGAUUUGAUCGAGAAAUAUAUUUUCCUCUCCCAUCACUUGAGGAUAGGAUUUCGAUUCUCAAACUUUACACCCACAAGUGGCCAAAAACACUCGAGUCCAAUGGACCUCUGCUCCAAUGGAUUGCAAGAAAAACUUUAGGCUUUGCAGGUGCUGAUCUUCAGGCUCUAUGUACUCAAACAGCCAUCAUUGCUUUGAAAAGAACUUUUCCAUUAAAGCAAGUCUUACAUGCUUCCAAAGAUACUAAAUAUGGCCCUCCAACUCAUCUUCCACCCGUUAUAGUAGAGGAGAGAGAUUGGUUAGAGGCUUUAUCAAGUUGUCCACCUCCAUGCUCCCGUAGAGAAGCAACAAUGGCGGCAAAUGAUGUGGUAUCGUCUCCUCUUCCUUCCCACCUUAUCCCCUGUCUCAUUCGACCACUCUCAAUCCUACUUGUUUCACUUUAUUUGGAAAAAUGCAUAUGCUUGCCUCAAACUCUUUCCAAAGCCGCUGCCAUAAUUGAAAAUGUGAUGCUUUCUGCCCUGGAAAGAAAGACARUGAACAGCAAUAAGUGGUGGUCCCAUGUUGAUGAUUUUAUUCAAGAAGAUGAUAUUGCGGAUGAAAUUGAGAGAAAAUGGCAAGAUUGUAGAACCAAUAUACUAGAACAUUCAUGCUUGGCUAAUUCAUACGAAUCUAUCCCAGAAGACAAUGCAAAGUACACAUCAUUUGACUUGGGAAAUAGUCAAGGAUUUCGCAUUAUGAUUGCUGGAAAUCCAAGUUUGGGGCAAAGGCAUCUUGCUUCAUGCAUACUUAACUGCUUUGUUGGACAUGUUGAAAUAAGAAAAGUUGAUAUGGCUACAACUUCCCAAGGAUAUAACAAUUUAGAGCAAGGCAUAUCACACACCUUAGCUAAUUGUUUAAGUAGGGGGCCAUGCUUAAUAUUCAUGCCAAGAAUCGAUUUAUGGGCUCUUGAGACGCAUGAAGAUCAAACCUUGGAGCAUGAUAAUACUCAUCCAACAGAUGAACAAUGUAUCAGAAAGGCUAUAGUCCACAGAGCCUCAAGUGCUUGGACUUUAUUUAUUUACCAAGUGGAGUCUCUCUCUCUUUGUACACCCKUUAUAUUUCUGGCUACAUCUGAAGUUCCAUUUUUGCUACUCCCUCAAGAAAUAAGGCUUUUCUUUCUAAAUGAUUUAACAGAUUGUAAGAGGUUAGUUGCAUCAAAGCACAAAAUACCWCGAUUUUCCAUUCAGAUAGAUGAGACUUUCAACCAUGAUCUCGUGAUCGAUCGAUCUGCAGCAACACUAUCCAAAGACAUGGUGAAAUUACUUGCUUUAUUGAUUCAYCAAAAAUAUCAUGUCAAUGYGAAUGAGSUGCAUUCAGAGMAGACUCGUUCAUCUAAUUACCAAAAAGACAAAGAAAUAUCUAAAUUUGGAGAUCAAAUUCUACAAAAUUCUACAUAUUCAGAGCUCUGUCAUGCAACAUCAAAGUUGAAAGAAGGCCCAUCAGCAAACAUAAGUAAAUCUCAUUGGGAGGGUUGGCAAUUCAACCCUUGUGUACUCCAUCAAACUAGCUCUAUGGAUACCGUUGAAACUGAAGAAAAUUAUGGUAUGGUAAAAGGCUUGGUUUCUAUUGGUUUGAUGGCAACCAGAGGUGUUUAUACAUCACUACAACAAGUGUGCUCUGAUGUUCGAGUCGUUCUUAGCCUCUUCGUUGAAAAGAUCAAUGCAAAAGUAAAUGCUGGCAAAAACRGACUCCAAUAUGCACCCAUUUUAUCUCAGGUGGCAUCUCUAGAAGAUACUGUUUAUGCCUGGGCUUACGAACUACAAAGGUACUACUACUAUUCAAUUCUCACUUACUAA